AUGGACGACGGCUUCAUGAACUCGCGCUUGGAAGCCGUUGUCAAAGCGGAGAAGAAGAAGCGAUCAAAUUCCAAGUACUUCAACCAAACCGCGGACGACAAUCAUCCGGAGGGCACUACCGAGGAGAUAAUCACCUACUUCCCCGGUGGAACCCCGCCGUUCACCAGUUUGGUACUGCUCAGCGCCGCAGUGAACAGGAUCAACGAGUUUUACAACGUUGUCCGCAAGCUUGAUGCGUGA